UGUGACCCGCUGCCGUGGCUAUAAAUGGGCUGCGACGCGGCCGGCAGAACGCGGUGACAGCCACACACCCCGAGGCCUGCAAGAUGAGCUACACUUUGGACUCGCUGGGCAACCCGUCCGCCUACCGGCGGGUAACCGAGACCCGCUCCGGCUUCAGCCGCCUUAGCGGCUCCCCGUCCAGCGGCUUCCGCUCGCAGUCAUGGUCCCGAAGCUCGCCCAGCACCGUGUCCUCCUCCUACAAGCGCAGCGCGCUGGGGCCGCGCCUCACCUACAGCUCUGCCAUGCUCAGCUCCGCCGAGAGCAGCCUCGACUUCAGCCAAUCCUCGUCCCUGCUCAACGGCGUCUCCGCGACGGGCGGCGACUACAAGCUGUCCCGCUCCAACGAGAAGGAGCAGCUGCAGGGGCUGAACGACCGCUUCGCGGGCUACAUCGAGAAGGUGCACUACCUGGAGCAGCAGAACAAGGAGAUCGAGGCGGAGAUCCAGGCGCUGCGGCAGAAGCAGGCUUCGCACGCCCAGCUGGGCGACGCCUACGACCAGGAGAUCCGUGAGCUGCGAGCCACACUCGAGAUGGUGAAUCACGAGAAGGCUCAGGUGCAGCUGGACUCGGACCACCUGGAGGAAGACAUCCACCGGCUCAAGGAGCGCUUCGAGGAGGAAGCGCGGCUGCGCGACGACACCGAGGCGGCCAUCCGCGCGCUGCGCAAAGACAUCGAGGAGGCGUCGCUGGUGAAGGUGGAGCUGGACAAGAAGGUGCAGUCGCUGCAGGACGAGGUGGCCUUCCUGCGGAGCAAUCACGAGGAAGAAGUGGCCGACCUGCUGGCCCAGAUCCAGGCGUCACACAUCACCGUGGAGCGCAAAGACUACCUGAAGACAGACAUCUCGUCGGCGCUGAAGGAAAUCCGCUCCCAGCUCGAGUGCCACUCCGACCAGAACAUGCACCAGGCGGAAGAGUGGUUCAAGUGCCGCUACGCCAAGCUCACCGAGGCGGCCGAGCAGAACAAGGAGGCCAUCCGCUCCGCCAAGGAAGAGAUUGCCGAGUACCGGCGCCAGCUGCAGUCCAAGAGCAUCGAGCUCGAGUCGGUGCGCGGCACCAAGGAGUCCCUGGAGCGGCAGCUCAGAGGAAUGCAUUCGGGUGGUUGA